GGUAAAAGUAAAACUAUCGGCAUGUCGAGCACCGAGCACAUUGAAGAAAAAUUAAAAUCUUCGCCGGAGCUGGCUGAAUUGACCCAUUUGGAAGUGGUUGACAUGUCAGAUGGCUGUGGUGCCAAAUUUCAGACGGUAAUUGUGUCUUCAAAGUUUGAAGGGCUCCCUCUUCUUCAAAGACACAGAUUGGUAAAUAAGGUCUUAGAAGAGGAACUGAAGGUGAUCCAUGCCUUUCAGAUGAAGACCUUGACACCUGAACAGUGGGAGAAAACGAAAUCCUCGUGAUAUGGGUCAGGAGAGCGUUUGAUGUGGUGGGGUGUUACCCCAAGGACUGUGAAAGAUAUUGAAGUGGACUGAAAUCUGUUACAACAUGCAACAGAUCUGGAAAGAACAAUUGUUUACUUUCUAUUUUAUUCUAUGAAAUUAAUGUACACAACUUCCUAUAGUGAAUCUUAUCUCAAGAGCAAGGGUAAGCCACACAUAUCUUGCUCUUUGCUGCGGCUGUAUAGAUGCAUGUAGAACUUCCUAAAUAUACAGAGAAAGUAUGUUUAGGAACACAAUUGCUUUGGUGUUUUUUAAGUGAAAUAAAUUAUAUAAGAAAUAUU